CUGCCAAACAGUGUCCGUGCAAUAACUUGAAAACGCUUUGACAAAAUCUUCAAAUUCAGAUAUGUUGUUUUCUGUGACUAAAUGAAGGUCAAGUUUGAUUAUUACGAUUUUAGCUUUUUCCGUUGUUGAGUUGUAGACCUUUAAGUAGCAAAAAGUGAUACUUAGAUAUAAUAUUGGCCUUUUCAUUUCUGAACCUUACAAAAAUUUUUUUUUUUUUACUUGAGCCUGUUUGGGGGUCCAGAUUUGCAAAUAUCAUUAAUGCAGGAAAAUCCGGUUUUCUGUCAAUUUGACAGUCUCUUGUUUUGUUUUUUAAAUUUCAACUGCAUUAUUUUGAUUAAUUGGAUACAUUUAUGUCAAAUGUAUUAACAAUCCCACGCAUUAUAGUAUUUAGAACAAAAUGAAUUUUUAUUUGCGAUUUCCAUCUCUUAGGUCAUAAGUUUUAUUUCAUUUCAUACCUAAUAUCAAUUUAUUCAAACUAGGUUAUUUUCAGAUUUCAUAUGUUGCAAGGUCUUGCUUACUUACAUGGCUCUAUGGACCAUGUGAGCUUUUGCCAUCGCUUGGCGUCUGUCGGCGUCGUAAACUUUAUAAAAUCAUCUUUUUUUAAACAACUGUACAAAUUUCGACAAAACUUGAACUCAGCGAUCCUUUGGGUAUCUAGUAUACAUGUUUGUGCUUUUUGUUUCUGUCUGUAAACCAACAUGGCUGUUAUGGCUAAACUAGAACAUAGGGGGUAAAAUACAUGAAUUGUCUAAUUAUCUUGAAAACCAUAAUAAAUAGAGAAAAUCCGACCGACAUCAAAAUGCUCGGAAUGUCAAUAUCUGUGUACUUUUUAUUUCCACUCAAAUUAUUAAAUGACUUCUUAUAAUAGUUUUUGACCUAUUUGUGUGCAUUUGACCCGAUCUCGAAAUUUAUAAUAGAUAUAUACGUAGAAACUGUAAGGAGCAAAAAGGAUAAAAAAACGAGGAUCUACAAAAUGCUUAUAUGCCCGAAACCAUUAGAAUACUCUUAACAGGAGUUAUUGCCCUUAAAUGAUGAUUUUCAAGUCAUUUUCGGGUUUUGCCUAUUAUCUCGACAAUUACAUUGGCAGAACAAAAACUGUUAACAACAGAAUGACAGCAAUGAAUAUCUAUAAGUGUGAUGAAUGACUGAAAAUAUUGAAUGACUCCUAAUACAAGGCAUUGCCCUUUUAUCUUAUAAUAAUUUUCGAGUGUUUGCCUAUCAUCUUUAAAAGUAUAAAGAUAGGUAGAAACUGAAAACAGCAAAAAUGACCAGCACUACAAUAUCUACAAAAAUGCUUAUAUGGCUAUAACAAUUGGAUUAGGUGAAAUAAGGCUGAGGUAAUCAUUGCUCAGAUUGUCAAGAUCUACAUACUUUGGAAUCCCACUCAACUUAUCAAAUGACUCCUUAUAGAAGUUAUUGCCCUUAAAUUACAAUUUUUGACUUCUUUGUGAGUUUUGCCUAUUAUCUUGAAAAUUUAAACUGUAAAUAGCAAAAAUUAUCAGCAUAAGAAGAUCUUUAAAAUUUCCGCAUGGCCGAAACCAUUGGAUGACUCUUUAUAGGAGGCAUAGCCCUUAAAUGACACUUUUAGACCAAUGUUUUUGUGACCUACCGAAUAAGACUUAACAACGGUUUUGUACUAACAUAAGCAACACGACGGGUGCCACAUGUGAAGCAAAAUUUGCUUUCCCUUCCGGUGCACCUGACAUCACCCUCAGUGUUUGUUGGGGUUCGUGUUGCUCAGUCUUUAGUUUUCUAUGUUGUGUUUUGUUUACUGUCGUUUGUCUGUUUGUCUGUUUGUCGUUUUCCUUUUUAACCAUGGCGUUGUCAUUUUAUUUUCGAUUUAUGAGUUUGAAUGUCCCUUUCUUUUGCAUAAUGAACUGAAUAUAUGAGUUGAAACUGCAAACAGCAAAAAUGAUCAGCAGUAGAAGAUGAACAGAAAUGAUAGUAUAACCAUAACCAAUGGACGACUACUUAUCGGAGUUCCCCCUCCUUAAAUGGCGAACUUUCGAGCUUUUGCUUUUUAUCUCGAAAAUUAUGGUAGAGAGGUAGAUCGUGUUAAUAACACAAUGAUCAGCAAUGCAAGAUAUAUGUUUAACAGGCCAAAGACAAGUCAAUGAUAAAAGUAACACUCUCUCCAGUCACACCUCCUGAAGACAAAUAUGCAGACAUCGAACUUCACCUUGCAGAUACCAAGGGAGAGCCCUGUACACCGAAAUUGUAUGACAAGUCAUUCAAGUUUUAUGUGGACCAAUACAAUUUACAAAAUCGUUUACCAGCAGAUAUUAUUUUCAAAAAAGAUAUGAAAGAGGUGGAAAGAGUAUCAGUUUUCAAUCUGCUGAAUAUUGACAAGGCAACGACCAUUGCGUGUGAAACGGUUGACCUCCAAGCAUCCCCUCCAGAACUGACAUUCUCGGAUCUUAGAACAUUUGGCAACGGUAAAGGGUUUUUGUGUGACCAAGAGGAAAAGUUUCAAGAGAAAAGAAAACUGUACAUUCAUACUGCUUUACAAAAACUACUUAAUACAGCAUUAAAGGGGGAUGAUGUUCCACAUAUAGCCCUGAUGGGUUCAGGGGGAGGAUACAGAGCUAUGGUAGCCAUGUCCGGAAUAAUGAAUGCCCUUUACACUACAAAAAUUCUUGAGUGCAUUUUGUACACUGCUGUGUUGUCUGGCUCUUCAUGGUUCAUUGCGACGCUAUAUUCGCAUCCUAAAUGGCCAAACAUUGAUCCUAAGGAUAUUCAAGAACAAAUGAAACAUGAUAUAUCUACAGACCCUAAAAGUAUUUGGACGCUAUUUUCGUAUGUGCCGGAUUGGGUGUUUGGUUUCUUUGAAAAGAAACUGGCAGGAAAAGCAUGGAACUUUACAACGGAUAUAUUUGCACCAAUGUUGGGAAAUGUACUUAUACCAACAAGGUUAAAGUGUAAAUGGAGCGAACAGAAAGAUAAAUUGUCAGAGGGAACUGUUCCACUUCCAUUAUUGUCUGCUAUUCAUGCAAAAGACGAACAGAAUGCGAAUGAAUUUCAUGAAUGGGUAGAGUUUUCUCCAUAUGAAGUAAGCAUUCCAAAAUAUGGAGUGGCAAUUGAAAUGAAAAAUUUUGGAAGCAAAUUCGACAAAGGACUACUUACACAACAAAUCGAUGAAAUCCCCCUUUUCGAGAUAAUGGGUAUAUGUGGGAGUGCUUUUACAUUAACUCAUGAAGAGUGGGCGAACAAAGAUUCUAGUAAUUUUAUAAAAAAACAGACAAGUGUUAAAUCAAGCAGGCAAUAUUCUACUACCCAACACAAAAAAGAAAAACAAUUGGAUAAAAAAAAGUCUGUCGCUUUUGACGAGGUGGACGGUCCUCCCAGAAAACAGAAUAACUAUGAUAACGAUAUUGAAUCAUCUGAAUUUGAUGUUCUUGAAAGUGGUUGUACUCCUCACAGAAUUUGUGUAGACUUAACGCCCAUUAAAGAAUCAAAUGCGGAUAACUUUACUGAAAAUGAUGAUGUUUUUGAUGUCGGAGAGAUAGAACAACGGCAAGAAAUGGAAGAUUUGUUUAAAAGAAUUUGCCAGAUUCGCCAAGAAGGCGGUCGUAUAUUUGAAGAGGAAAGAACCAGAAAUGAGAGAGUUGUUGGUGAUAAUUUUAAAGAAGGCAUAACAGAGGCAGAUGAAGUUGAUGGUUUAUUCGGCGACAUGAAACUUUGUGCAGAGAAAUUCUGCAUGAAGAGUAGACAUUAUAGGGCGGCAAUGGUGAAUAACUUUUUGCGGAAAGUGUCUUUUGAUAAUACAGAUAGUUGCCUUUUGCAAGGAGAGACAAAUCCUUUAUUUGAGAAUUACUUGAAAAAUGAUAUUGAGAAGUUAUGUUUGAUCGAUGCUGGUUUAGCGUUCAACUCUCCGUAUCCACUUCUCUUCAAACCCGGUAGGGAUGUAGACCUCAUCCUGUCAUUUGAUUUUACAGACCGAAAAAAAGAUUCCAAUGAUCCUUUUAAGACAUUACUAACAGCAGAAGAUUGGGCAAGAAAACAUGAGAUUAAAUUUCCAAAAAUCAACGUUGACAAGUAUGAAGGCAAGAAUGUGCAAGAACUGUACAUUUUUGAAGAUGAAAAUGAUCCCGAAUGUCCUAUUAUCAUGCAUUUUGUGUUGGUGAACAAAGAUUUCAGAACGUACAAAAAACCAGGAGUCAAACGAAAGGAAAGUGAAAAAGAGUGCGCUAACUUCACUGUAUAUGAUGAUCAGAAAACAUUCAACUGCAAAAACUUCCAGUACAGCGCUGAAAACUUUGAAAGAUUGUCACAACUUUCUGAGUUCAUAGUUCUGAAUAAUAUUGUCCAUAUCAAGGCCUGUAUAACCAAAAGCAUCCAAAAUAAACAGAAACGGAAACAGACUGGCCGGCAAAGGCAUCCAUCGUCUCCUGUGUAACAUUAUCUACUUGAAUGGAAUAGGACAACCGUCAUAACUAUAUUCAUGAUGAUUUUAUUUUCGUUACAUGAUAUAUUUAUCAAUAUGACAUUCCUUUUUCUAUAUGUCAUAGUGAUGCCCCCUUUUCAUAUUAGUUUAUUCCUUUCUGUGUUGAUAUUAGUUUAACAUUUUAGAGCUUUUUCACUAUAUAUGAAAAAAUGCAUUUAACCUUAUAAUAGCAUUUCGUAAUACAAACUACUUGAUACCUUCAAGUUGACUGCAAAUAGCAAUGUUUAGUCGACAGAUGGCAGGCAAUUAAUUGCAAAUAUAUAUUUUCAGCUUUCUUUCAUAAGUGGAAGAUUGUGUCGAAAAAAUACUUAUUUACUAUUGAUUUCCAAUACUUAAAACAAAAUUAUUUGGUAUCGGUUAUAUUACGUUAGGAUUAUAACGAUAUUCAAUGAAUGAAUGAAUUGAUAUUUCAUUGCAUAAGCAAAAUUAAUGCUGUAGUAAAAUUGCAAAAUAUUUGUAGUGGAUAUAUAAAAUUAAAAGAGAACAGCAUAAUCAAGUCAUAACAAGCACAGAAAUACAACUAUUAUGCAAAUAUAAUCAGUGAUCCUAGCUUCCAUGCCGCAGUUAGACAUUUACACAGUUUUCGGUAAAAUUCUUUGUGCUAGCUUGCAGCUCUAAAAGCAGUCAUAUUGAAAUAUGAACAGACGUUGUCGAAUAUUCAGUUUGAGUGUUUGAUUUGUUGGUUUGUUUCAACUGAAAGUGUUUAUGCAGAACGACUAACACAAUGUGUCCAUUAAAACUUCAAAUUUAUUCUCCACUACAUAUAUAAAUUAAAACGCUAAGCCUCAUACAAACAAUAUGACUUUUUGAUGGUGAUAUGUUUUUGUUUUUCCGUGUGAAUUUUGAUUAUAUAUUUAUAUACAUAUAGAUUUCCAAACAAUGUAUUUUUAAAAUAAUGAUAUUAAAAAUAGUGUAUAUUUAUAUAUCAAAUAUUUUGUUCUAUCUUCAAGGACAAUUAGAUAUUUAUGUUGGGUAAAUAUUGUGUCAUAUUAACCUGUUUUAGAGAUAUGAAAUUAUUUGAAAUCUUUACAAACCGAAGGAUUUUUGUUCAUAAAUGUAAGUUUCAAAUCACCUACAGAAACAAUUGACUGUAUCUUAAGAGUGUCAAUAAAUUUUCUCAAACGUG